CACAGUUGAUGUUGUAAUUAACUAUCAAACGAACUUCAAAAGAAAAGGUGUUGGGCCUAUCCUUUGCUAUAAUUAUACCAGGUCCGAAUCCGACCCAAUAAAACGCCUCCACGGACCCAAUACUGUAUAUGAACUCAUCGAACUGAAACUGAUUGAACCCAGGAAAGUUCCAAACCAGAAAAUGGCAUCCACUACCCGUGAAGGAGAGUCCUCAUCAUCAUCGUUCUCCGAGGACUGGCGGCAUCGUAUAUUGAUCCCAACAAUCCUUGCAGGGGUUGCUGGUGGAGGAGUUGGUUUGGUGUCAAAGCAUCGAAAAGUUCAUGGCCUCGCUAAUAUUUCGGCUACUUAUGCCGCUAAUUUCGCUAUUGUCACUGGCUGCUAUUGUGGAGCAUGUGAAUUUGUGAGAGUAACUCGUAAAACAGGACCUGAUGAUCUAAUGAACUCUGCAAUUGCUGGAUUUGGUACUGGUGCUCUACUGGGCCGUCUUCAAGGUGGUCAACUUGGUGCUUAUCGCUAUUCGAUCAUCUUUGCUGCUGUUGGAACUGCAGCGGAUUUUGCUGCACUCAAAUUAAGACCUAAAUUAUGCAACUUAAGUGAAUCUAUGUUUGACAAGAAUAGUGGUGUGCUUAAGUUGCCAGAAUGGUCUCCUAUACAAGUUCUUGAUGAAGAAGCCCUUGCUGCAAAACAAGCUCGAGAAGAAAAACUCUUAGCACAGAGAGCACUUGGGAAACUAAGCAAAGAAGAAUCCUGACAGUGGGCUAUGAUUCAUGUAUCCUAGUCUUUAAUGCCUAUACAAUUAUCAAUAAUAAUGUUUUUGGAUAGAGCUAGUUCACCUAUUUGGCAGCUAAUAUUGUCUUUGUUGGGGAUUAAGUUUUGGUUCCCUUUUUUUUUUUUUUGUAAUAUUUUCUGAUCAUCUUGUUAUACUUGCUGUCACCCCAGUCGGAAGUUGUACUAAUGAACUUUGUUUCUUGAAAAAAAUUAGUGUAGGUUACUUGUUUCUCAGUUUGGAGUA